ACGAUGGUCGAUAAUGUGGGCUUUGCGUUUGCGUUGCAGGCAUGGCGUUUGCACUGGCGUUCGCGUUGGCUCAGUUGGUCAGCGGUGGUCGGCUGAAGCGAUGGGUGCCUGGCACUGGCUGGUGUUGGCGUUGGCAUUGGUCACAUGUCACUGUGCCCUAGUACGUGAGCCGCCCACACUCACCAUCCCUGACCAAGGUGUGGUUGCGGGUCGUGAAGUGGCCGUUGGUCGUGGUCGCCGAGCUCUCCUCUACCUGGGCCUGCCGUUCGCUCAGCCACCGCUUCAGCAUUUGCGGUUCGCUCCUCCCGUCACUGAUCCCUUGCCUGCUUGGCAGGGUGUUCGCAAUGCGUCUCUUUAUGCUCCUGCCUGUAUGCAGCAGCGGCAACAACUACAGCUCCAUGACCGACUGCGGCUGGUCGAGCGACUAUUUGCCGGUGAUCAUCUGUUCCGCAUCGAUGAGGAUUGUCUCUACCUCAACGUAUUCGUUCCCGACGGCAACCCUCCUGCAGAAGGCUGGCAAGUUGUUGUGUGGUUCCAUGAAGGCAACUUCAGUGUGGGUGCAGCUAGUCUCUGGGAUGCUACAGCAUUUGCAGUUAAACAGAGGGUGCUUGUUGUAACAAGCUCUUAUCGGCUGAACGUGUUUGGAUUUUUUUCGACUUUGGAUGGAAUGGCACCAGGCAAUGCAGGCCUAUUGGACCAGGUGGCAGCUCUGGACUGGGUGCAUGCUAAGAUCAGCACUUUUGGUGGCUCAACUCAAAAUAUGGUGCUGGCUGGGCAUAGUGCUGGUGCAGAGAGUGUCACCCUUCACAUGAUGUCUCCCCUGUCAGAAGGCAAAUUCAGCAGAGCAAUUGCCAUGAGUGGCAGUGCACUUGCUCCAGGCACCAUCAGAUCACCACAAAAAGAUCCUUACUUGACUGACUUGGCAGAACGGUUUGAGUGCAACGUGAAGCCUACAAGCGAACUACUCGACUGUCUCAGAGAGGUCUCCGGGAAAGAUCUACUUAAUGGAGCCAUUCAAAUAGCAGACUGGGGUCCAAUUGUUGAUUUUUCUUUCGUCAAUGACACUGCUCAAGCUUUCUUACCUGCUGAACCUUCCGAGCUACUUGCAGCUGACAAAUUCAACAAAGUCGACUUCCUAACUGGAUUCACUGACAUGGAGCGAGCGUUUGUGUUUGCAGAGACAUUGGCGUCUGAUUUCAACAGGGAUGUUUUCCAGAAUCGAAUUAAUGAUGAAGUAAAUGCCGGUCACACAUUCGAAGUGAACAGUUCAUGCACUGUCAACUAUGAAUUACUUUAUGAUUCCGUCAUUUUUUUCUAUAGUCCUGCUCUACACAACCAGGAUGUAUCGGUGUUUAGAAAGAAAUACUUGGACUUUUGUACGGAAAAGUAUUAUGCAGCUGGAUCAUUCCUGCAUGCAACAUACGUGAGCAAGUCAAAUGUGGCUUAUGUUUAUAGGUUUGAUUACAAGCUGAAAACUAAUGGUGUAGUUGAUUUGGAGGAAUGGAUGAAUGUGCCUCACAUGAUGGAACUGCCCAUUGUGUGGGGCAUGCCAUAUUGGACUUCAUUUGUGUCACCAGUUGUUUGGAACAAUGCAGACAGGAAGCAGACUGAUAUAGUUAUGAGUCUUUGGGGAAACUUUUCUAGAGCAUCAACUCCAGCAGCAACAAAGGGUCGAGGGCUACAUUGGGAACCUUUCACCGAAGAGUCUCCCGGAGUGCUAAUAAUUGACAAGAACAUAGAAAUGAGUGACAUCAAUACUUUUGAUUAUAAAGCCACCAAGUUUUGGAACUACUACUAUCCAAAACUGUCAGAGGCUUCAACUACCUGUUGUAAUACCACGGCUGGCGCCACUACUGUCCACAUCUGCAAUGCUUCAUCUGCAUCAUUCUUGCUUUUGUUGAUUGCACACGCCACACGUGAAUUGUAGUCGAAGGGAUCUAACUAUUUGUAAAUAUCUAUUAUUUUUCUAAUAAAAACAAAAUAAUGGCCGCUCAUUCUAACUUUGUAUAAAAUAAAACUUGAUACUGUUACGAA